AGGAUUUAACUGAACACAUCACACUGUUUUGUUUUGCUGACAUUUGUAUUUUUUCGUAGAAUCAUGAACUUGUGAGCUAGAGAGGUUGAUAAAUAAAGUGAAAAGUAAUUUAUUUUGACAUUAAAUACAACACAUUAAUAAUUCCGAGAAAUAUUGCCGAAAUAUAAAAUAUUUUGUUCAUAUUACUUAAAAUAUAUAAACAUUACAGUAAAAUAAAGACAGUCUGAAAGUUUAACACUUGUGGGCACAGCUGAGGUAGUGUAGUUAUGAGUGUGGUGCGACGUAUUGUUCUGCUAUCAUCGCAGCUUCCAAAGUUUGCUGUACAUUAUUAUUGGUUAAGAGGAGUUUGCUGCAGCCAUAAUGUAUUCAACCAACGCUGUAUGCAUUUGGCCGUAAAUGCCAGAAGAAAUAGCGUCGCAUCAUCGACCACAAGUUCAGGUAGUAGUAGUAGUGGAAAUGGUCACUCAAGUGGAAGUGGUGUGGACAGUGGCGGCUCUUCAGCUUCAUCUUCCUCAGCUGGUGGAGAACCACCAACUGAUAAAAAUAUGCUCUCAUGUCCAAAAUGUGGUAAUCCUUGCUCACAAGUGGAAACUUUUGUUAGUUCAACAAGAUUUGUGAAAUGCGCUAAAUGUAAUCAUUUCUUUGUUGUGCUGUCCGAGGUGGAUUCAAAAAAAAAUUUAAAAGAAGAAGCAAAAAAUCAACGAAAACCACCACCUCCUCCACAAAAAAUUAUGGAAUAUCUGGAUCGUCAUGUUGUAGGUCAAGAUUUUGCAAAAAAAGUACUUUCUGUUGCUGUAUAUAACCACUAUAAACGUAUACAUCACAAUUUGCCACAAGUAAAUACACAGCCACAAAUGCCUUCCACCACAGCAGAUGCUAUGGGACGCGAUUUAUUACAUAUUUCUGGUAUUGGACAUACAAUUGCUAAUUCUUCGGGUACGGAAGUUCCACAAAAGCCUACACUAGCACAUGGAUUAGGCACAGCAAAUCAUACUGAAACUGGCUCUGAAAUUUUGGAAAAACAAAAUUACGAGGUUAAAUUAGAAAAAAGCAAUAUUCUCAUGUUGGGACCCACAGGUUCGGGUAAAACAUUAAUAGCCCAAACUAUUGCACGUUGUCUAGAUGUGCCGUUUGCAAUAUGCGAUUGUACAACUCUAACACAAGCAGGUUAUGUAGGAGAAGAUAUUGAAAGUGUAAUUUCAAAGCUAUUACAGGAUGCCAACUACAAUGUUGAGCGUGCUCAAACUGGUAUAGUGUUUCUUGAUGAAGUUGAUAAAAUUGGUGCUGUCCCAGGUAUACAUCAACUACGUGAUGUUGGUGGUGAAGGCGUACAGCAAGGUAUGCUAAAAAUGCUUGAAGGUACCAUUGUUAAUGUACCUGAACGUAAUUCACCUCGAAAAUUGCGAGGCGAAACUGUACAAGUAGAUACUACGAACAUACUUUUUGUUGCGUCUGGUGCGUACACAGGUUUGGAUCGCCUAAUCGGUAGAAGAUUGAAUGAAAAGUAUUUAGGUUUUGGUAUGCCGUCAUCGGGUUCCUCAGGUAGGCGUGCUGCUCAAUCAUGUGCAUCACCGAUGGAUAGUGAUCAAGAAGAAAGAGAUAAAUGUCUUAGGAAAGUACAAGCUCGAGAUCUCGUGGAAUUUGGCAUGAUACCAGAAUUUGUGGGUCGAUUUCCUGUAAUAGUUCCAUUUCAUAGUCUCAGUGUUAGUAUGUUAGUACGUAUUCUUACCGAACCUAAAAACGCACUGAUACCACAGUAUAAAGCACUCAUAAGCAUGGACGAAGUUGAUUUAACAUUUACUCAUGAUGCAAUAGAGUCAAUUGCAACUUUGGCGAUGGAACGACAGACAGGUGCUCGAGGAUUACGUUCAAUAAUGGAACAAUUACUGCUCGACCCAAUGUUUGUGGUUCCUGGUUCAGAUAUUAAAGAAGUGCAUAUUACAGCUCCAUAUGUUAAAGGAAAAGCUCAACCAACAUAUAUAAAGAAGGACGUAGCAUCCGCUGCUGAUGACAAUGAGAGUAAAAAUUAUGAAGAUAGCGAAAAUGAUAAAGUUCGUUUAACGCAAUAGAUAAAAAAUUAUUAAUUGUUAACAUUUUGUUUUACUUUAAAAUUUAUAUAAACAAUACAAAAAAGAAAAA